AUGAGAGGACCACAGUGCGGUUCUAGCUCAUUACUGUCACUACCAAAGCUGGUACCGUCCAAAGAGGAACCUGUUGUUACACCCGAUUCAUUUCAAACCGAUCAGUCAUUCAGAGGUUCGACGCAUAUGUUGAAAAUGAUAGAAGGAAUCCGAGCAAAUGAGACAUCAAGAACAAAUUCACCAUCAUCAGUUGUAUCCGAUCCACGACUUGUGUCUUCAAUUGUUGGAUGCUUAUCAUCAGCCGAGUCUACUACUACAGUUUCUACUUCAUCCUUUGCACUGUUAUCGCAGGCUUCUUCAUCUAACUUGUUACUGUCAUCUGGACCUCCAAAUCAACCUCAGGUAUCCCAGAUACCAUCGUUACAAUUCGUUAGUUCUCCAUCACUUUCCGGAGUAGCGUCGAUUCAAGACAUACAGACGACACUAUCUAAUGGCAAUCUUCCACAAUGGAUGCAUGAUUUAUCGUCGAAUUUUUCUGCUUCAUUACCCACCGCUGCACCAGGUAGUGUGGUAGAUGUUGCAUCUAUUUCUGGUACAACAAAUUCUCUCCAAACACCAAUUAUUUCUAGUCAAUUACAUGGUAACCAGAUAGCAAACACAGUGGCAAUUCCUUCCUCCAUUCUUGGAAGCCAACCAUCAUCACAAAAUACCAAUCCGCAUACCACACAUCCUGUAAUGUUGCCGCCACCUCCACCGAAUGUGCGUCCAUCGCUGGGAGUAUUACCAUUAAACAAUUAUGUGCCUGCUGCAGUGUCACCUUAUACUGUGAUGUCCACAACUUCCACCCCUUCACCAGCAAAAAUUCCAUUUCCUCCUGGCUCUUUUACUGUACCACCUCCAAGAUCCUUAAUUGUGCCACCACCAAAUUCCUUAAAUAUACCUCCACCUAAUGUUAUGGACUGUCCACCGCCUGGCAAUUUUUCUCUAACCACAAGCAGUUUCGCUUCGGCUACUCCUUUAGUUUCAUGUACAUUUUCUUCACCGUCUGCAUCAAGCUCUAAUUCUACUACAGUAGCUUCAGCUACUGGUUUAGUUUCCAGAAAACCGUUAACAAAUGGUGGCAACAGCAACAGUAUUGUUGAUCCAGCAAAAGUUAAUGGUGAUUUACGCCAUGAACCCAGAAAGCAGUUCGAAAAUUAUGGUGGCACGUUGGAUAGCCGUGGAUAUCGCCGGUCAUUUGGUGGAUUUUGUGGAAGCGUUGGUCGUGCAUUAGCAUUGGUCGUGGAGGUUUGCGGGAUCCACGUGGACGUAAUCGAGAUUGUGAACGCAAUGGUAAUCGAGGAUUACAGCAACAACAGCUUCAUAAUAAUGGUGGUAGGCGUUAUUGUAGCGAUAAUCGUAAUGGGAGAUAAACGUGUUUUAUUUUUUUUUAUAUUUUGA